AUAUCAUCUCAGAUAGUGGGAAUCGGAAGAUGUGACAUGGCCGGAAGAACACAAAGAUACGGUUCCAAUGGCGCAGCGUGGUAUAAAAAGGGCACCCCCUGACCAUGGUGAGCCCAUCACUCCCUUACAAAAUCUAAGUAUUUGCACACACCCUCGACCCACUCACCGAGUUCUCUGCUCUUGCCCAUCUCCUCAUAUUAUUCAUGCGUCCCUACGCCAUCUAUGAGCAUCCCGAUUUCUCCGUCUCCUCGGAGAGCGAAGCCACACUUCGCAAAGUUGCGGCUGCGCUGACUGUCGUGGCAGCGUCGUCAGCAGCCGUGUACGAGAUCCUCGUGCGCAAAUCAAGGUCCGUACCAUAUACUUGUCAAGGGUCUACCUUUCUUGUGAACAAUCACAUGUAUCACUGCUCGUUGUUGGCAUUGUUUCUCUCACUGGCUUAUGAAUGCGACACAUACCAUCAGACACCUCCGAUUAAUCUCAUUAUCCCUGCUUCGCGCACCAACCGCACAGUACUCCUAUUCAUAUUACCUUUUUCACGAACACCACCGAAACGGUGUAGGAUAUCAUAAUGAUCUCUGAGAUUUGUACAGCUCUUCGGUUCGGAAAUUUUCGUGG